GUUCUAUCAGUAUCUUCGCUUUUUAGGCAUGGUAUUGAUGAAGAAGUUGCUGCCAUUCAUUAUCAACAAGAAAUGGUAAAAGUAAUAUACAAAGUGCAGUCAAUCUUGUUCAAAUCACCACCACCACCAGGCUAUUUUCAUCUGCCACCGAUUGAGAAAGCAGCGUAUUUGUUUUACUUUAUGCUUUAUAACCGUUAUUUUACACCAGUUGAAGAGUUUCACAAUCGUUUCAACCGAGAAUUUUUCAAAUAUUCCUGCGAAGGAGAUUCAGCAGAAGUAGCAUUGUGGAAGGUUUGUUUUCUUCAUUCACUUUUUUACACGCAAAAGCAACUGUUUAGUGACGACAGAGAGACUCCGGAGAAGCCGCUUAAAUUUCGUGCAGCUCAUGCGUUUGCUAGAUUUGGAGUUGGUGGAAAAGUUGUUGUGGUUAACCCUGGAAGCUCUACAACAGUCGUGGAGCUUUGUGAUUUGAAAUCGUUUGUUACUGAUUCGGAAACAAAACGUAUCAUAGAAACAGUUGAAACGUUCCACGGUCCUUUGAUUCCGGGUGUAACUCCGCCGCAUUCAGUGGGUCUGUACAUUCAACGUCAAAUUGAUCACAUUUUGAAUUCUGACAUAUAUAAGGCUAAUCCGCAUGGCAGUGAUGCAAGUGAUUGUCUUCUUUUAUGGCAGCUCCUGAAAAUGGUUGUGCAGCAGCAAGGGCGUGUCACAGGCCCGGAUAUCGCUCGGUUACUAAUGUCAAGUUAUACUAGCACUCCGGAUUUUGGAACGAAUCGCUCAUCAGUUGGGCAUAAUACUGAAGAUUCGGCUUGCUUUCAAAGAUAUAUGGAAUUCCUUCUUGGAGGACAUGUUGAUGAAGCCAUUGAAACUGCUAUUAGGGAUGGAUUGAUUCUAGAUGCUAUGAUUCUCGCGAGAUGGGUGUGUCCACAAAAGCUGGAUAAAGUUGACUCAGCUUUUUUGGCUCAACGCUCAGAACAGAGUCCCGUCAUGACUCUCUUGAGCGUUGCGCACGGUCUUCCGGCUCCUAUUUUGUUAAAUCCACCUACUGAUGAUACUGGCAGUUGGAGAUCACAUGCCGCAAUAAUAUUGGCAAAUUUAGCUUCAGAAACUGCCUUUCAAAUGGUGUAUAACUUAGGCAAGGCUUUAGCUCGACGGGAGUACCAUGCGGCUGCAGAUUUUUGUUUCUUAGCCGUAUGUUUGUUGGCCGAUUACGAUCCUUUCCGGCCGGUCAUUCCAAGUGAUGAGGACGACGUUCAGAGUCGCCAGCACAUAACAUUGGUUCAUGCUAGCCUACCAGAUGAUGAGGCUGAAUCAGUGAAUUGUUCUUAUGGUUUUUCUACCAUCGACUUACACGCCACUGAAAUUUUUGAAUAUGGUUUACGACUUGCUUGUAAUGGUUAUCCAGUUCGUUUAACCAAUUCUUGCGAAUAUCAGAAAUACCGCUUCAAAUAUGCUCAGUUGUUGUCAGAAUAUGGAGGGUUCGCUUCAGACGCGUAUCGGUACUGCGUAGAAAUUGCUAAAGGAGUUGCAGAAAAGUGGUCCGAGUACGGUCGGGAUGAAAUGCUGCAGCUUUGUGAUCUCGCUGAUAGGCUGCAACAUGUAGCGUGUGCUAAUAGUAGUGAAGUUUCCUGGUUUUCUGAAGUACGCAAUUUUAUUGAACAGUCCAAUGUUACACCAUCGCCUCAAGAAACUAAAGAAAAGCAGGUUUAG